AUGGCACUCCGAAAUGCGUACAAGCAGUAUCUCAUAAGCCCCAGUGCAGAUGCGCUCGGCGAGAACGCCGCCCUUAAUUACAUCCCCACACUGACCACCAUCAACUCUGCAGCAGCAAUUGCAAGACACAAUACUGCGCAGAGCAAGGUCUUGAGGAAGAAAGAGGAAAAGAUUAUUGGGUGCAUUGAAGGCGACAAUGCAAUCAGCGUUGAUGUUGAGACUACUGUAGAGUUCAUAUCGGGAGGGGGAGCAUACUUGCCGGGUCUGGACGACAACUUUCUAGCUGAUCGCAUCGUCAUCUUUCCUACAAUCCGUCUUUAUUGGGAUCAGGGUUCCCUCCUUAAGCAGGUCGAGGUCAUUGGGGCCCGAGCUAAAAGUUGGCCCAUUCGGGAUGGGAAAGACCAAGCACGACUCAUCACGUCGAAUGUAUCCAACAGCGACAAACAAAGUCGUCCCUCCACCGCUGCAUCGAGCAAUGCCGGACGGGAUGCGGCUGUGGGAAAGCCAAGAUCGCAAAGCAAUAAUGUCACUAGGGAUCCGCAUGCGAACUUAGCGCUGUUUGCACCCCAUGAUGAGGAGGAGACAGGACUUCCGAGGGUCACCGCUCCCAAAGGAUCAGCAAAGCCACCACCCCGUCCCUAUGGCGAUCUCUUUGUAGGAGAUGAAUCUGAUAGCGAAAGAAAGAGUCGGUCGAAGUCUCCCAAAAAAGGAAAUGGUAUGAUGCCACCGAAAGCUCAAUCAGCCAAACCACCCCCUCGGGACUAUCAUGAUCUGUUCGUGGGCGAAGGGUCUCCAAACCAGGCUAGUAAGGGCCCAAAAUCGCCGGAAAAGCGCGGCCUUAUGAGUCCGCCGAUUGCACCAAAAAGUGGAGCUGGGAAGAAUUACCAGCCAUCUCGACUCUUCGAGACCGAAGAUGAUCCUACAACUCCGAGAUCGCCUAGCAAAGGAGGGGCCAUGAAACCAGACCCUAAGAAGUACAACCAUUUCGAAUUUGGCGACGGAGACGAUGCUCCGACCCCAACGACCGAUCGCCCAAAAACGAGGCAUCAAUCACAAUGGGAUUUCGAAGACUUCGUAACUCCUCAGAAGCCGCAUUCACGAUCACGUGCUGGUCAGGGACCGCAACAGCCCGCUUGGAAAGACCCCGAAGAAGAGGAGAGCCCAGCUCAUCGUGCGCCGACGCAUAAAGCUCGCCCUGAUGCUGCCUUAAACUUCGAAUUUCAGGAUGAUGGCACCCCUAAGGGCAAUCGCGGUCCUGGCAGCUCUCUUGCGGGUACGAAAGAGCGAUCAAAUGUGCUCUAUGACACGAGUGCCACAACAGAGAAUGACCAAGUCGUUCCCUUGGACGGCAAAAAAUCUGGGCCACUCUCCUCGAUCACAAAUCUUAAGGAUCGAAAUAAGAAUUUCAAUCCUCACUUUGACUACACCGACGAUUCUCCUUCCCAGAAUGAGAAGGAGUCUCGAAAGCAUGUAUCUGGCGCUCGCGCAAAGGUCGUCAACCAAAUGGGUGCCCAGUGGGAAAUGACCGAUGACUCACCCAAGGGCGCUCCUGCUCCAGCACGCUCCAAUGCCCAGGUCCUUUCGGCACAGAUGAAUGACAAAGAAAAUUUCAAUCGUACCAAGAAUACCGGUAUCAAGAGUGGUGGAGAUGGCAUGGGCGGAAAGAAGGGGGCAUCGCGAAAUUGGGGGUUUGGUGAUGAAAGUGACAGUGCUUAG